AUGGCUGAAAGAGAAAGAACUAUGUUUAACCUCGGCUCAAGCCAAACUCCAAGGGCAAACUUUUAUGCUGAGCCAACUCAAAAUCCUUUCCUCAGAUCUGAGCGGCGCAAUUUCUCCACAGCUGAUCCCAUAAUUCCUAUAGGCAGCCUCACCACAACCCCAACUUCCUCUGAGGAAGAAAUUCUGCUUACUUUAAAAAGAACUCAAAUGGAGCUUGGUCUAAGCCGAAAUUUCGUUGAUUUAUACCAAAAAGCAAUAGAAUCCCGCUACAUAAUGAAAACAACUGAAGAAGAAAAACUGAGCUUGGCAAAUGAUGAAUAUUUUAUUAGAGAUUUAGACAACAUGGUCUAUAAAAGUGGAGGCAACAGAAUCCCAAAUUCGAAAUGGAAAGAAAAUAUAACGAGAUAUAUAGAAGUCAAAAUAAACUCAGAAAGACCGAAAACGAAAGUUCCAAGCUCGUUUAGCGGCAGAGCUGAUAUAGCGGCAAACCAAAUGGAAGAUUUACAAGUGACAAAAUCCCCAAGGUCAACUGCGCUAUCAAGAGAACAAAUUAUAAAUUCUCUGCCUGCGCCUUCUUCUUAUGAAGCUGCUAAUGAGUAUGCUUCAGCUAAAAAAAUAGUAGAAAUCAUUAUUGAUGACGUAAAUAACACUAAAGAUAGCCAAAACAGGAAAUCAGUUAUCCAGUUAUAUACAACGUAUAUAAUAAACCAUUUGCAAACUCAAGUGAGGACGAAAAAAGCUAUACUUAAUGAGAUAUAUAAGGAUUAAUUAUAUAAAAAAUAUUUUAAUAUAUUUUUAUACACCUAUAAUAAUAUAUAGAGAUUGCACAAAUUCUUAAUGGCCAGCUAGAAAAAGCUGGGAAAAGCCAAGACAAUUUUGAAGAAGUUUUUAGAGCUGUUGAGUCUGAUUGGAUUGAAGAAGAAUACGAAGAAAAAUCGUCAAAAAUUGUACCGAAGAAGAGAGCAGGAAAAGUAAAAGUUAGGUCUGGAAGGACAGGAGAAGAAGGAGAAGAGCAGGAAGGAGAAGAACAAAACAAUAGAGAAAUUUCAGAGCUAAGGGCAGCUAUAGAACAGCAGGAAAGCAGCAAACUUCAAGCAGAUAAAGAAUACGAAACACUUAAAUCUACACUAGAUCAGGUUAUUUAUGAAAAAAAUAUUUUAGAAAAAAAAUUACAAGAUAGCGAUUUAUAUAUACAAAAAAAGCUUGACGAAAGCCGAAAUUAUGAGCAAGAGCAUGAAGCAUAUAUAAACAUACAAAAGAGGCAUUUAGAGCUCCAAACCCAACUAAAUGCCCAAGUGCAAGAGUCAGUGAAUAAAUCAAGAGAGCUGGAAACAUUGAAAAAGCAAUAUGACGCCCAAAUAAAGAAGCAGGAAGAACUUUUUAGGGAAAAUGUUAAAGAACUUAAUGAAUUGAGAAGCAAAAAUUUAGAUAUUUCGUAUCAUAAAGGAAUGCAUUUGGACAUCCUGGAAGAAAAUUUGGAGCUCCAAAAGAAAUUAGAAGAAAUUUAUAGGAGCGGAAGGCCAUCUCAAGAAAUCAGCCAAAAUACCACAAGAAUUGACAGUCUGGAAGGGGAUAAUUAAAAUAUGGCGUCACUCGAAUUUUCUGGUCUCCUGACUGAAAAUUCAUCUGUUGCAUAUUUUGAUUAUGAGAUUUGGUUUCCUCUGGUGAAAUUAUCCCAAAAUAUGCCAGGAAAGCAAGAGCCAGGUGGUUUUUCCUACCAGACUUCUGACCUUAGGGAAUCGAAUUUUCCAGAAGGAUAUCACCUACCUCACACUGUGGAAACUGGGACUUUUAGGGUGCGUGAUAAACCCAAAUAGGUGCCUGAGCUCAAAAAAUAGUUGUCGAAGCCCAAACUUCAAGAAUGACGUCCUCUUAUGGUGAUAAAUUCAGAGGUGGCCACCCUUUGGGGGCCGGAGCAAAAUGGCGCGAAAUUCGCCCAAAAGUGGUGUUGGAGAUAGCUGUUGCCGAGCAGCCUGACACAAACGUUAAACAUUUAUAGAUUAAUUAAGCUUAAGAGUCUGGAAAGGGAUAUUAAAGAGCUAGAAAUAGAAAAAAGAGUCCUGAAAAGUAGGAACGAAGCCUUAGAUAACGAGCUUAGCAGAGUUUUGCAGGUAAAAGAAGAUAUAAAUGCCAGCAUAAUUGAAGGCUAUAAAAAAAGAAGUGAAAACCUUAACAAAUUAGAAGACGAAAUUAUAGAAAGAGAAGAGAAUUUAAGAGCCAGCGAGCAAGAAUUAAAAGAAAAAGUCGAUGCUUUUGAAAGAGAAUCAAUGAUUUUGAAGAGAAGCAGCCUCAGCGCAUUUAAAAAUGAUCUCAUUGGCGAUUUCUCAGAUUCUUAUAUCUGGUAUAUUGUGAUCUGCCUGCUGUUUUUCACUGUUGGAAUUUUUUUAGCUAAUAAACAAGGAUUCCAACAAUAA